AUCAACUUUAUGUCUGCUCCACUUAUUCUCUUCACAUCAAUCUGAGCUCUUUAGCCGUAGGAGAGCAAUGGCUGGAGCAGAGCAAAGCCAAAGAUGGAGUCUUAAGGCCAAGACCGCACUUGUAACCGGUGGAACCAAAGGCAUCGGGCAUGCUAUAGUAGAGGAAUUUGCAGGAUUUGGUGCAGUAAUACAUACUUGUGCCAGAGACGAAUCUCAGCUUAACGAGUGUUUAAGCAAAUGGCAAAAGAAGGGUUUUCAAGUCACAGGUUCGGUCUGUGACGCAUCUUCUAGACCAGACAGAGAGAAGCUAAUGCAGACUGUGUCUUCAAUGUUUGGUGGCAAGCUCGAUAUCCUCAUAAACAAUGUGGGAGCGAUUCGGUCAAAGCCAACGGUGGAUUAUUCAGAAGAGGAUUUCUCGUUUCAUAUUUCGACAAACUUAGAAUCUGCUUUCCAUCUGAGCCAGCUUGCACAUCCUCUGCUUAAGGCGUCAGGAUGUGGGAACGUCGUUUUCAUGUCCUCUAUUGCUGGAGUUGUAUCGGCUAGUGUCGGAUCCAUCUACUCUGCAACAAAAGGGGCAAUGAAUCAGCUAGCAAGGAAUUUGGCAUGUGAGUGGGCUCGCGAUGGCAUUAGGGCUAAUGCUGUGGCGCCUGCAGUCAUUGCAACUCCUUUGGCUGAAGCUGUGUAUGAUGAUGAGUUCAAGAAAGUGGUGAUAUCAAGAAAGCCGCUGGGGCGUUUAGGGGAGCCUGAAGAAGUGGCAUCGCUUGUGGCUUUUCUAUGUAUGCCUGCAUCGUCUUAUAUAACUGGUCAGACCAUUUGUGUCGAUGGAGGUCUCUCUGUCAAUGGCUUCUCCUAUCAGCCACAAGGUUAAAUCCAAUAUCUAAAAACAAACAAAGUUUCAUCUUCAUUACUAAAUUUCAGUGUCCAGACUUUGAACAUUGUCAUCUUGGGCUAAGUCCGGUUUGGUAUGGAUUCUCGUCUGGAGAUUUAGAAGGAAACUUCAAUAUUCUGAUUUUGAAUUUUGCUUCGAUUUUCAGUUCCUUUGCCCAAAGUAUGUGACAUCACUUCACUAAAUAAAUAUGUAAAAUAUAAAGUAGUAUUUUGUCAUCCCAAACAAAACAAUUCGGGCUUUUAUCCUGAUCCAGAA